AAGAGGGUUUGGAGCAGGAGAAAAGAUUUUGCCUCCAGGGUGCACAGAACAGAAUCUUGGGGCAGAGGUGGCAAAAGAUCUAAUCCCUCCUCUCUCGGAGAGGGUGUGGCCCUCUGCCUUCUGGGUCAGGAACCGUAGCUCUGGUUACACAAGGGAGGAAGGGGAGUGCCUGACUGGGAUUGGUGCAGAGUGGGGAGGGACGGGACGAGUCUGCAUAAAGUCACAGCUUGUCCAAAGACCCAGCUCUACCCUGCUGAAGCCAGUCUGAGAAGAGCAGCCCCAGCCCCAGCCCCAGCACUAUGCCUAUGAUACUGGGAUACUGGAACGUCCGCGGUCUGACACAAUCCAUCCGCAUGCUCCUGGAGUACACAGACUCAAGCUAUGAGGAGAAGAAAUACACCAUGGGGGACGCUCCUGAUUAUGACCAAAGCCAAUGGCUGAGUGACAAAUUCAAGCUAGGCCUGGACUUUCCCAAUCUGCCCUACUUAAUUGACGGGUCACACAAGAUCACCCAGAGCAAUGCCAUCCUGCGCUACCUUGCCCGCAAGAACAAUCUGUGUGGAGAAACAGAGGAGGAGAGGAUUCGUGCAGACAUUGUGGAGAACCAGGUUAUGGACAACCGCAUGCAGCUCAUCAGGCUCUGUUACAACCCUGACUUUGAGAAGCUAAAGCCAGAGUUCUUAAAGACCAUCCCUGAGAAGAUGAAGCUCUACUCUGAGUUCCUAGGCAAGCGGCCCUGGUGUGCAGGGAACAAGAUCACCUAUGUGGAUUUCCUCGUGUAUGACAUCCUUGACCAGCACCGUAUAUUUCAGCCCCACUGCCUGGAUGCAUUCCCAAACCUGAAGGAUUUCAUGGUCCGCUUUGAGGGCCUGAAGAAGAUAUCUGACUACAUGAAAAGCAGCCGCUUUAUAUACAAACCAUUUUAUGUAAAGCUGGCCUUUUGGAACCCAAAAUAGGACAACAAAGCCCAGACCCACAGGAAAAUUCAUGACCAUCCUGCUGGCUCUGGCCCUUGGGCAUGGCUCUGUGUCCCCACCAAAUGUUGUUUUCCUCUUCUUUUUAUUCCCCAUUCUUUCAUUUCUUCUUACAAGCCCUUCCUUCAGUCAAGCCUCUGUGUCCUUGGGCUCCCCAUUUCUUCCUCAGUCUCCUGCUCCUAUUCCUUUUUCCUGCCCUGUAUCCAGCCAUCCCUCACUGCUGCUUGGAGGAAUGGACCUACCAUGAUCCAUGGCAUAUUAUAGCAGAUGAUAACUGAUAUGCAUAAGGUCAACCCACAAGAUGAAUAACUCUCUGAUGGAGGAAACUCUUCAAUCAAGGCUUCCAGGGCCACUGCCUACACAUGACUCUUCUGCUUCUGUCUGUACUGUUUUACACGUGCCACUACAUUUCUCCUCUAAAUACAGCUAUGAGUAUUUUCCCUACUGCCUAUGUGUUUAUCUGGUGAAUAUAUUCCAUCUACUGGACACAUAUAUAUCUGUAGAUGGUCAGGAAGAUGAUUUCUUCUUAAGAUGUAUAAUUUUGGUGAAUAGAAAUAAUGCUAGGAUACUUUUCAUAGCUCAGGAUGACAUAGGAAAAUAACAGUGUUCUCUGGUACAAAGAUACCUUUUUACACAAUUAGCUGAUUUAAGACCUCAGAGCAAAUUCAGUGCAAAUAAAUGCACAUGGACAAAUUCCCAAGUGUCUGUUGAACCAAGGUCAGGCACAAAGGCAACUUUAGUAGACAUAACACCCUGUAUAAAUUCUCUCAGCAAUUGAUUUUUUUUUUUUUUUUUUUUUGCACAAACUCCUAAAUCUUUGUUUUAUGAUACAAGACUCAAGGUUCAGCCAACUAACUGAUUAUGUUUAGGUCCUGGGAUGCUUUCAAGGUUACUGUCCCUCCAGGAGGUGCAGAAGCAUUCAGUGUUAGGUUGCUCCCACCUGGUCACCAAGGAGCCUGGCUGACAGUUAAGCAUUGUCAUGGUAAAUCACUUCCAGCUGAUCAGUGUGACAUCUCAAGUCUGAGAGAAACUAUGUUAUCUCAUGUGUUAUCAGAAUGUCUCUGCUUCUUAUUGUUUAUUCAAGAAAUGCAUUGGGACCCUCAAAAUGCAACUCAUAUUUUGUCUAGAGGUUUUUGUUGUUGUUGUUGGAGAGAGAUGUAGCUGUGUGGAGAC